AUUGCAGAACAAGUUAGGCUUUUUCACUGCACAACAAUCACCAAGGAGUACUUGACAUCGGACAAAAGGAAUCAUUAAAGCAACGUCUUUUUAACAUUGGCAAAACAUGAAUGUCACAUUUCAUUCACCAGUCCCAAAGGCUGCUUUGGACAAUAAGAGCAAUAUGCGUGGAAGCAAAAAGAAAUUCACAGCAGAGCACGAAAUGGAUAUAGAUGAUGAUGAGCACCAUCAUGAGAAUAAAUUAGAGGGAGGCAUUAUCAAGGACCCUACUAUCCAUGUUGUCACACCAGCAGAGGUUAUCACCUCCGACGCUGCGUUCAUGCGUGGACACGGAACAUAUGUUGAAGAUGAAAAGGUUUUGUCAAGUCUUGCAGGAGUUGUAGAGCGUGUCAACAAGUUGAUUUCUGUCAGGCCAUUGCAUACAAGAUAUGCGGGAGAAAUUGGAGAUGUAGUUGUUGGCAGGAUUACAGAGGUCGCUCAGAAACGUUGGAAAGUGGAUGUGAAUGCUCGUCAGGAUGCAAUCUUAAUGUUAAGCUCAGUUAAUUUACCAGGAGGUGUUCAACGACGAAAACAGGAGUCAGAUGAGUUACAAAUGCGGAAUUUCUUUAUGGAAGGCGAUUUAGUCGUGGCAGAAGUGCAAGCCUUCUUUGGUGACGGUGCUUAUUCGAUUCAUACACGCAGUUUGAAAUACGGUAAACUUCGAAAUGGAUCGUUUAUUUCGGUCUCACCAGCUUUAGUACAACGAUGCAAAUCUCAUUUCCAUUCCUUAUCCUGUGGCGUGGAUGUAAUCUUGGGAUUGAACGGAUAUAUCUGGGUUAGCGCACACGUACCCCAGAGCUUGGACGAGAUUGAUACAGAGCAAGUUUAUUCGAAUAAAAACAAGGAGGAUAUCACCCCUAGUGAUCGCGAGUCGAUUGCGCGUGUAGUCAACUGUAUCCGUGCCCUGGCACAAGACUAUAUCUUUAUCAACGAUUCUAUCAUUUCCUUUGCGUAUGAAGCUUCAUUACAAUACGCACUAAAGGACCUGCACAAACGGCAUGUCAUGCAUGAUAUUGCCACAGAAGCUGUAGCAGCUGUCGACAGCAUAAAAGCAUAAAAAACCCUCAAAUAUGGAGAGUUGGAGAAGUAGCAAUUGAAGAUGGCUUGUAAGGAUGAGACCAGC